CGGAAGCGGGCGCGGGCGGGGACGGAGUCUCUCUUCCCGUUGGCCUGUGACUGGCGGGGCCUCGCGCAGCCGCUGCGUCCCGGCCUGCCGGGGGCUUGCGGCCGCAGCCAUGGAGGAGGCCGAGACCGAGCGGCGGCGGCGGAAGCGGCGGCGGCAGGAGCCAGCGGAGGCGGCGGAGAAGCGGAGCCCCCGGCGGCCCCGCUCCGCCCGGGGCAGCCAGUCCCCCCCCGCCGAGCAGGGCCCGGCCCGCCCGGGCCGCAGCAGGUCACCAGCAAAAAGAAAGAACAAGUCCUCUACUAAAAGAAGCAAGUCUCCUCGAAGUAAAAGAAGUAGAAGCCCUCAUCAUAUUGUAGUCAAAGUAAAGCAGGAGCGAGAUGACCAUUCCCGGAGAGGACAUGAGGAACGACAGCACAGAGGUCAGUCAGAGCAAGAACACAGACGAGAUAGAAAUGGUGACAGAGACAGACACAGAGAUCAUUCAAAGAGAAGGAAAAAUCCCAAUGAAAGGCCAGGAGGUCGAGGGUAUGAAAGAGAGAGGGAUACCCAAAAUCUCCGUGAGCAGCAAGAUGAGAGGGAAUUUUAUAAUGAGAGAAGACGUGAGCAUCGCCAGAAGAAUGAAGCAAGCAGUGGUGAUGAGACUCUGGACCUUGGGAAACCUGAUGGUGAAAAUAAAGACAAAGAUCCAACCAAUAAAGAGAAACCAAGUUUUGAACUGUCUGGUGCACUCCUAGAGGAUUCAAACACCUUCCGAGGUGUUGUGAUUAAAUAUAGUGAGCCCCCGGAAGCUCGGAUUCCAAAGAAACGAUGGCGUCUCUACCCUUUUAAGAAUGAUGAGGUUCUCCCAGUCAUGUACAUUCACAGACAGAGUGCUUACCUGCUGGGCAGGCACCGAAGAAUCGCAGAUAUUCCUAUUGACCACCCCUCUUGCUCCAAACAGCAUGCUGUGUUUCAGUAUCGGCUUGUGGAAUACACCCGUGCCGAUGGUACAGUUGGGCGCAGAGUCAAGCCUUACAUCAUUGACCUUGGCUCUGGCAAUGGUACUUUCCUAAAUAACCAACGGAUUGAACCUCAGCGUUACUAUGAAUUGAAAGAAAAGGAUGUGCUGAAGUUUGGGUUCAGCAGCAGGGAAUAUGUCCUUCUCCACGAAUCUUCAGAUACAUCUGAGGUGGACAGGAAACCGGAGGAGGAGGAGGAGGAAGAAGAGGAGGAGGAAGAGUCAGACAGUUAACAGAUCAGAAAGAGACUUCAGAGAUCUUCUUCCAGUAGAACUUGAAUCUGGAUGUGAACGUUGGAGCAUCACAGCACUGAUGCCUCUUAUUGCCUUAAAGUCUUUCCUCUGUUGCUGAUCAGCUGUCACUGUAGUUAAUUUUGGGAAACUCCUGACUUACUCAUCUCCUUUGUAGUUUUGAAAUUCAUCAGGAAAUACAGCUUUUGCUUUAAGAGGAUUUUCCCUAAUAAAAAGAAAAUAAAAUAGAAGGCACCUGAAAGUGAGAGUUCCAGGGAUGGAGCUCUUCAUCACAUGUAAAAAUAAAUAUGUAAGGUUGUACUUAAAGAAUAUGGAACAAAAUAGGCAUUUUUAAAAAGAACAUGGUUUUGCAAACUCUUUUGUCGACAAUCCUUUGAAAUUGCUCCUUUAUUCUUAACUAGAAUCUUAGGUACAGUGAACAUGAUCUGAUGUUUUGUAGUGUCCAAUUAUUUGAUGUGAUUUGCUGAAUUGUACGCACAGCAAACCACUCACUAAGCAGAGGAAUUGAUCAGGUUUGUGUCACUGAAAAGGAAAUGUUGCAAAUCUUCUCUUAGUAUUCAUAUGAUUUGGGUAGCCAGUUUGCAUUGAAAUGAUUUUUCAGGGAAGGACAUUUCACCAGAAUACCUUGUAAUUUAUAAGCAGUGUAGCUUGAAAAGAAAGAAAAUGCUUCAUGGGACCUGAAGCUAUGAUAGCGUGGCUUGCUGUCGAAGGCUGUAUGCACUCAGUAUGUUGCAAAUGUUUGCUGACGUUGCCUCUGGAUGCUGAUUUUGUCCAUAUUUGAAGCCACUUUACUUUGACACCACUCUGACCCAUGAAUCAUUUCACAUAAUUUCUGCAUUUAAUUAUGUUACCAUCAAAAAGAAAAAUAUCCAAUGUUUUAACCAUAAUUUGCACUAUUUUUUUUUUAAAUUUUACGUUAUGGAAAAUAUCGUACUGUCAUGUCUGAAAUAGUUUUUCACCUGCAUGUAACAGAAAACAGUCAAUAUUUUAUAAUUGUGAAGUUUCAGAGAAACGUUUUGAAAACAUGGAACUAUUUAGAUUUGCAUAUAUUCAGACAUCUGCUUCCUGAGUUUUACCUUGUGAUAUAAGAAAUGUAACUUAUUUCACUUUGAUUACUAAUUUUCCCUCGUAUUUGUGAUGUAUGGGCACAUACUGUCUUCAUGUGUUAUGUAUAUACUUCUUGUGUGUAUAUACAUAAGUUGUAUAUUAUACACACAACUAAAUUUUAUUGUGUAAAUAUGGGGUGUACAUGCGGGUUUUCAAACAGUAGGUAUAAGAAGAAUGUGCUUUGGAUAGCAGACUGUCCUUUAUAUGUACUCUGGGGUUUUUAAAUAAAGAAUUUGUAAAUUUA